CAGUGCAGCCUUGCGGAAGGCCUGUGGUGUACUUCUCACUUCUUGCGUGGUUCCUGCCAAGAUUUCUCCAAGUUGGGAGGUCUUCAAGUCUAAGGGCAGCCAGUUGUGCCAGGUUUCUCCAUCAUUGCAGCAGUGGAAGAUAGGAGGAUGAUGUUGUCUGUGUAGAGGAGGGAUUUGGGAGGACAUUUCUGUGUUAUUUGUCAUUUCUUCCUGCCAAGAAACGUGAAGAAAUCCAAGACCAGUUGAACCUUCUGGAUUAACAGGUCCUCAGUGGUGCAUGAAGUUGCUGUGCUAGCUGAGGACUAAACCAUUAGACCCAUAGAUAAUAUAUUGAGGUGAAUCACUCUCACCGACCAUCACACCAGUCACCAUGAGAAUAUUGCCACUACUAGUCAUCAUCUGCACAGUCUUCGGCUCGCUUGUCGUGGACGCUCGGAACAAGAGACCGCGGGCGCCACGGUCGCGGUUACUCCCGAUGAUGCGGCACAUGGAGCGGGGCAGACCUAACCGGUUCAAAACCAGACCCAACAUCGUGGUGUUUAUUACUGAUGAUCAAGAUGUUAUGUUAAAUUCCAUGGCGUAUAUGCCCAAGACACAGCGAAUCCUGGCGCAGGGCGGGGCAGUCUUCAACAACAGCUUCGUGACCACGCCCAUGUGCUGUCCGUCGCGCAGCUCGAUGCUGACGGGCAGAUACGUGCACAACCACAACGUGUUCACCAACAACGAGAACUGUUCGUCUCCAUACUGGCAGCGCACACACGAGCCAUACACCUUCGCAACCUACCUCAGUAAUGCAGGCUACAGAACAGGCUACUUCGGAAAGUAUCUUAACGAGUACAACGGGUCCUACGUGCCGCCCGGGUGGCGGGAAUGGGUCGGACAGAUUCGGAACUCUCGCUUCUACAACUACAAGGUCAACCGCAACGGCCUGAAGUUCAAGCACGACUCCAGCUACGAGAGAGACUAUUUCACAGACUUGAUAGCCAAUGACAGCGUGUCGUUUUUCAAGCUAUCGAAAAAGACGUUCCCGCAUAGACCGGUUGCCAUGGUGUUGGCGUUCCCCGCACCUCACGGUCCUGAGGACGGCGCUCCGCAGUAUUCGCACAUGUUUGCAAAUAAUACCGACCAUAGAAUACAAGGGUACAACAUGGCCCCUAACAUGGACAAACACUGGAUCCUUCGCUGGACCCAGCCGCUGGACAAUACGCAGCUCGCCUUCACCGACAUGCUGCAGCAGAAGAGACUGCAGACUCUGCAGUCAGUCGACGAUGCUGUGGAAAAGGUUUACAACAUGCUGAUAGAACAAGGCCAGCUAGAGAACACCUACAUGAUCUACACCUCCGACCACGGCUACCAUCUGGGACAGUUUGGCCUGGUGAAGGGGAAGUCUUUCCCGUAUGACUGGGACACUCGGGUGCCUUACCUGAUCCGGGGGCCAAAUGUACAGCCAAAUACUGUUAUGUCUCAGAUCGUACUAAACAUCGACCUGGCGCCGACCCUACUGGACAUCGCUGGUGUGGACGUGCCACCACAGAUGGAUGGGAACUCCAUCAUGCCGCUGUUUGAGAACGCCAGCGACAUCAAGAAGGCGAUCAAACGACGCAUCUGGAAAUGCCGCUUGCAGAUUCCAGCCCAAUAUUGGAGUAUAUGCAACAAAGCUGGAAAUAAGAAGAAAAAGAUGUGGAGAGAUACAUUUCUUCUGGAAAGAGGGAAGAUUCCCAAGAAGAUGGACCGUACCAUUCUGAGGAUAAAUGAGAAGCUGCCCAAGGAGGUGCUGCUGUCUAUUGAAUGUCAGAAGGAGGAUUAUCAGUCCCCCUGCAAGCCUGGACAGGCAUGGGAGUGUAUUGAACGCGGUGGCAUGCUGAGAAUGAAGAAGUGUAAGUUCAAGAAGCGCCCGGGAAGACACUGCGUCUGUCGGAAGAAGGUGCCGACUGUCCCGAGGGAGGAGAGAAGAAGCCAGCGAAACUUCUUGAAGGACCAUGCGACUCAAGGUAGAGAUUUCCGAUUCCGCUUCAUACGCAGUGCAGAGGAAACUGAACACCAAGCUGACUCUGAGAACCCCGGGUACAAGAGCAUCCUGAAGCGCGCAGCCAACCCCGGGAAGGAUUGGAGCGAUCCAUUCUCCUUUCCACAGGGGGACCAGUCUUUUCCCAAGUGUUUCCUGUUUCCCAACAACACUGUGAAGUGUGACAACGUCAUCUACGAGUCCUAUGAUGCUUGGAAACAACAAAAGCAAUCCCUGGAUGCACAAAUAGCACGGUUGAAGGGGAAGCUUGACGGACUCAAGGACAUCCGCGGCCACCUGAGAAAAACCAAGCCUCUGGAUGGGGAGGAGGUGGAGAUAGAGGAGACCUUCAUCCCCAUCUACCCUGCUGUGGGGGAUUAUGAGGAGGAAGAUGAUGGAGAAGAUGGGGAGGAAGAGGAUGAGGAGGACUGUGUUUGUGGGGAGGAUGAGGAGGUGGUGUAUGUGGAUGGAGAGGGAGUUGAACAGGACAGACCAUUCUACAGUAGUGGACGGAGAAGGUACGCUGCUCCACGGGACAGAGAAAGAAGAUCGAGAGAACGAGUGAGGGAGCGUUCCGGUGCCAGGGGUAGCGACCGUCGACAGAAGCUGACACGUCCGCCCAACCCCCAUCCUCAGGGGGAACACCCCAUGAAGGCCAUCAGAGAAGGUAUUAAGAGCAUCAAGAAGGUGACACCGGAGGAGCGAGAAGAACGACAGAAGAAGAAGGAGAGGAAACAGAUGAGACGUCUGAAGAUGGGUAACUGUAACCUGGAGGGGCUGAACUGCUUCGAACACGACAACGACCACUGGACGGUUCCACCUUACUGGACAAAGGGAAGCUUCUGUGCAUGCAUCAACUCCAACAACAACACCUACUGGUGCCUGCGAACCAUCAACACCACGCACAACUUCAUGUACUGCGAGUUCAUCACUGGCUUCGUAGAAUACUUCGACCUCUUAGAGGACCCCUACAUGUUACACAAUAACAUCCACAGAGUGUCGGAGCCGAUGUUAGCAGAGCUACAUGACCAGCUGGUCAUCCUCAGACGGUGUGAAGGCUCCAAGGAGUGCACGCCCAAACCUCAGAACUCUAAUAUGAGAAAUAGACAUCGAAGGAGACAUGGAAAAGACGUCAGGGACCAAAGGUAGUGUUUCCAUGGCAACGCAUGCUGUAACCACGGCAACUGACAAGAACCAAGUGGAGAGGGUGGAGAGGAUGAAGGGUCAGAAGUCAAAGGUGAAAGUUCAAAGGGCAGACAUCACAGCUUCCAAGAUGGCAACAACUCAACCGAAGGAAGUGGAUCACGUUACCUUGGCACAGAGUUAGGAUCAGGGUUUAUAUGACCAUCUGAUCUUUGAACCCUGACCUUUUGAAUUUGACCUUUGUCCCCUGACCUUGCCGUAGCUAGUUCAGAAGCCCUCGACUUUUUAACUGUUGCAUUUGUCGUUAGUUUGACUCCCCUACAUUAACUGAAUUGUACUUCCAGGGAGCUGAGUAAUAAAAAUAACAAUCUAUUGGGGGUAUUUUUUGUCUUGGCAAGUUAAAGUUAGGAUGUUACUGAGUUUUUCCAUGCUCAAUUCUUGCCUUUGUUUAGGACACAUUCCAGGUUAAAGAUUUCUGGAAUUUUACCUUAGAGUGCAAUUUUCUUAAGACAAAAAUCUUUUUGAUCAACAGUACUGUUUAAGAAAAGAAACAGACCAGUCUUGGAUCUUAAGCAUGAAAUUGUCUCAAAAUAUCUUAAAAUAUGUAACACGGACAUACUCAUAUGAAGACCUCAGUACUGUUUAAGUUGUUAUUUGUAUGAUCGAUGAUGAAGAUUUUCUCAAUUAUCAUAAAGUUGUGCGAUUACAACUGCUCAUGUCAUGAAGGUGGUGUAUAUAGUGUUUAAAAACCUCUACAUUUGUAAAAGCAUAGGAAGUAGCAUAGAGUUUUCUUAUGAUUUGUAAAAUUAUUAAUUCCCAUCUGCAGUAGCUGCCAUUUUUUGUCUGGGGUUGACCUGCCACAAAUUUCCCCUUGCUUUUCUAACUUGGCUGCUUUUAUGUAUGAAGAUUUUUUUGUACACAAAAGAUUUUUUACAUGCUUCUAAAAAAUUAUGAUUGACAUCUAUGUGUAAUGUAGGAAUUUUGUUUAUCGUUUUAAGUGUUGUCUUGUUUUUUUUAGUAAAUAUGAGGAGUAAGUUAUCUAUUUACAAAAUAAGAGGUACUCAUCAGUAUCUAUUAGUCUUCGGGUUGGGAAAAAGUCAUACUUACUAAAGGCAAACUUAAGGCACAGUGUACUGCAUACAUGUACUUUGUUGGAAAUAUAUCGCUAGCUUAGCACACGUUGUCAGGUCUUAAUAUCUAUCUAAUUAGGGACUACCUUUCCCUGAAUAGGACAAAGUUGUUAACACAAUCUCUAUUCUACAAUGGUCUAAAAGUGGUUGUAACUUUUAACGGUAUAUUCUGGCAUGGCUAUGGGCAUGGCAUGACUGGAUGACUGGAUGACAUAAAAAUUGCAGACCAUUAAAUUUUCUAAAUAGUUGAGACAAUAAGAAAACUUGCUGUUUAAAGGACUAAUAGGGACAGUGAUUGUGAAUUACAGUAUUGAUUUUGGUUGUUGACGAUAUGUGAAACAACAAUUUGAUUCAAAGAAAAAGAGAAAACUAUGAUGUCCUCGAAGAUCAUGAGAAUAAGAUCAAAUUCCAACAUGGAUGCUGCUCAGAGGUUUACCAUAAGUAGAGGAAACUGCUUUCAGCUUUUCUGACUCAGUUACAUGGGAGGAAAGACAGAACUUUCCUUCACAUUGGUACUGUAGUGUACUUACCUCUAGAACAAGUGAAAUGAAUCUUUUCCUUCUGCUUGCUAGAAAUGUGAGCGGUAGUACCUGUCCUUUAUGCGUGUGCGAUGAAUCUGUGCUACAGUAUACAGGAAGGAUGCACAUGUUGUACAUGUAUGUGUGGCAGGCAAGCAAAGUAGUGUAUCUUGUACAUUGCUAGACGAGGACCAACUUAAUGUGGUGCUACAAAAACUUCCCUUGAAUAUGAAGGCACUUAGCAAUUCAUAACCACACAAACAUAGACCCCUGUAAGUUUAUCACACAGUCCACAAGGAACUGUGAUGAAACUGUUCAAUAAUUUAAUGUGUAUUCCUUAUGGUUUCAACACAAAAUAUACCAUUUACUGAUCCAGAAUAUUGCCUUUUUUUCUUCCAAAUUGAUCUUCCAAGAUUUUUUUCUUCCAAUUUUCUUCCAAGUUCUGCAUAUCGAGUUAUUUGUUUUUGUCCCACUUCAAAAUACCUCAGAGACCAUUAAAAUGGAACUAGGGGAAUUUGUUCUUGACUACUGUACAGAAAAACAAAACCGAAUGUACUAAAACUGAAUCAACCUCCUUGCUGAAACAAACAAGUUUAACAAACAAACAACUAGAUAACGUAGAGUUGUAAGAUAACGUAGUCAAAUAAUUGAUGUCGAAACACACCAAACAAAAUUUCCUCUAUGAAGUUUCCUGAUAGGAAAAAAAUUGCUUGCUUCUGGUGGAAGCGAAUCUCCCUCCUUCCGCAGAAGUUGCAAAUGGAUUGUCCCCAGGGACUCGAUACCUCUUUAACCAUCACACUACUAUUGGUUCCUCCAUGCGUCAAAUGUAUUAGAAUAUAAUAUAACUCAGCAUCUAGAGGGUUAAUGCAAAAAUGUACUUGUAUAUGUUUAGCCAUUGGAAAAGAAACUGGCAGAUUUGAGUGUAAAUAUUGAUAAUAUAUGUAGCAAGGCAGUUUUAACAUCAUUGACACAAAGCCGUAUAGUUUUAACACAUUGUCACCUUUUAGACCAUUGUAUGCAUGAAGUGUUUUACAUUUACAAACUUUAGGUGAACUCCACAACGUACAAACGUACACAUCACUUUAUUUUUGUAAACCUGAGACAGAGAUAGGAAACCAUUAUCAGGUGUGACGUUUUAAGAGUGAAACAUUCUUCCAAGAUGUUGUACUAACUUAAGGAAACUUGAUGUAGUGUUACAUGUCUGUAUGUAUGAUUGUAGGCUCUACAACAUUUCAAUGUCUUGAUUGUGUAAAACUUGGCAAGAUGUUGGCACAUAGGAACAUGGAUAUUGUCAAGCUGUGAAAAGAUGAAUAUAGGUUGGAGGGAAUUUUUUGGCUGUUGCCUCUUUUGAAAUUAUCUGGUGCUUGAAAUUUGACCAAAAUUUGACCUAGUUUGCAGUAGAAAUACUUUUAUUUAAGAUGUUUACAAAAUGGCUAGAAGAAAACAUACUGUUUUAAGGUAUUAGUUUCUGUGGCAGACUCUGACAAGGUCUUUUCCAACUACAUGUACAUACUGGGCUCUUAUAUCAUCAGAUUCUGUUGUAGAGUCUGAGCUCUGUACAUGUAAUAUAGUUCCUAAAAAAGCUUGGCAGAGUCUACAAUAGAGGCUUGAUUAUACAUGUAUGGUCUCUCAUAUACUAUUAUUGACAAACUUUUUUUCAUGACCUUACCCACCAAAGUGUGACCUGUAAAGUGUUAUAGUCUCUUUUACGUCUUUGUACUAAUAUUUUCUUACCAUGACAAUUUUCUGGUACCGACACAUCAUUCAAACUAGCCUGGGUGCCAUCCUACGUAAGUUUACCAGCGCUCCCAUACUGCCCCCUCCUCCCAUUAUGGUGAACUAACUAGGAUGUCCUACACUCAUAUACAAAAAUAGUUCCUGAGCCAUCUUGUCAUGUUCAUGCACUGUGAAGCUUUAUUUGGUCCAUCUUAUCAUACCUACCACUUCUGUAUAUCAAGCAUGAAAAGCAACGACCCUGAUGUAUUGGCCCGCAAUCUGUCCUUGUUGUGUUAGCCCUGGCCAAUGAAAUACUCCCUCCUCUAUUGUUGGAGGGAAAGUUUCAGCCAAUCACGUUGCCUCUUGACUGUAGGCAGUGACGUGAUUGGCUGGUGAUGGCUGCUCAGUACCAACACCGAUAGGACGAAUCACAGACCAGUAUAUACCAGGGUGGUUGCUUGCUAUAGAUAUAUGUAAGUACCUGGCUUAUCAUGAGAGGACAUAUUUGGUCAUAUCGUUGUGGAUAAAGCCCACCUCCUGCCAUGUACAUAGCAGGGUUCUCUGGAUAUAUCUGAUGUAUGUAUACACUGUAGAAGAGAGUCUUGUUGGUGCUUGCUGCUAUAAUAUAUUGUGUACAUGUUUACCACUAACAUGGUUGUACAGACUCUGUAACGUGCAACGAACCUGUGAACUCUGACAUUAAAUCUAAAUGUUCAAA